AUGGAGUCAGCACCUGGGGCUGCUGAGAGCAAAGAGCUGCUGCAGGAGAAUGAUAAUAGUGAUGGACACCAGGAGACUGUCGGGGAGCCAGAACCUCGUUGUAACUGCAGGACACACAAAGCACGUACCAUCAUCGUAGCUGUCGUCCUCACAUCCGUGUUCUUGGUUCUGAUCGCUGUCAUCGCUCAUCUGGCAGUGCUGAGACCUAAGCUUCAGUCAACUGAUCUGGGGCCCCCUGCUGUGCCCUGGGGCCCGGACGGCUGGGUCAGGUACCGAGGGAAAUGCUACUAUUUCUCUGAGACUGAAGGGAACUGGAACUACAGCCGGAGCAACUGCUCCUCCCUCGGUGCCUCCCUGGCUGGGAUCGACAGUGAGCAGGACAGGAUGUUCCUGGUGUGCUAUAAGGGUGUCCAUGACCACUGGAUCGGCCUCCGGAGGGAGCAGGGGCAGCCCUGGAAAUGGACCAAUGGCACCGAAUUCAACCGCCUGUUUGUGAUAAGAGGAGGCGGUGACUGCGCGUAUCUGAAUGACGAGAAAGGGGUCAGCAGCUCACGGUGCUCCAUGGAAAGACGGUGGAUCUGUAGCAAACCUGAGGUGUAUGUGAUGGGGAAAGGAACGCACUGGAAGGGAGCUCCAAAAUAAGCCUCCUAGAAAUAACAAGGAGUUCGGUGGCACCUUAAAGACUAACAGAUAAGCUAUCGUGGGUAUAAAACCCCACUUCAGAUGCACAGAAAUGACAUGGAUACAACUCUCACCUACUUGAAUGAGCCAUGUCCCCGUUCGUCAGAAUACCAUAUAUUUAAAUACUUUGGAUGUUUUCUACAUUUUCAAAUAUAUUGAUUUCAAUUACAACAUAGAAUACAAAGUGUACAGUGCUCACUUUACAUUUAUUUUUAUUACAAAUAUUUGCACUGUAAAAAUAAAAGAAAUAGUAUUUUCAAUUGCAUUACAGUACUUGUAUUAGUGAAUCUCUUUACCAUGAAAGUUGAACUUACAAGUGUAGAUUUAGGUACAAAAGAAACCUGCAUCCAAAACUAAAACAAUGUAAAACUUUAGAGCCUACAAGUCCACUCCAUCCUAUUCCUUGUUCAGCCACUUGCUCAGACAAACAAGUUUGUUUACAUUUGCAGGAGAUAAUGCUCCCACUUCUUGCUCACAGUGUCACCUGAAAGUGAGAACAGAUAUUCACAUGGCACUGUUAAUUUUUUUGAGUUAAUCAUGUGAGUUAACCAUGAUUAAUUGACAGCCCUAAUAAUUAGUAUUACAGUAUUGGUGGGAGCCUCCAGUCAUGGAGUGGGGCCCCUUUGUGUUAAGUGCUGUGCAUACACAUAGGAAGCUCCUACCGAAAGAGCUCCCACUCAGAACAUGGUGAGAACCAGGUGGAGAUAAAGAGGAGAAGGCUGACAAGGAAAGAGUAAAAUAACUGUUUUUGUAGCGUCAGAGGCACUCUCAGCAUUGAUCUUGCACCUACCAGACUGAUGAAAGGAAAGAUGACAGAAGUGCUGGGGAUGUACAGCACAUCACUGCUACACCUAAAGUGUUAGAAGGUGCCCCAUCAACUUACAAAUCACCCUGCUGGCUGAACAUUGCUCUCCUGCUGUAGUUAUGAGCAGAAUUGAUUGAAAAUUUUCUAGCCACUUUACUUGACAAAAAAUUGCCUUUCUUCCAGAAUGAAAAUCACAGCAGAAAACUUUUUAGUUGAAAUUUUCCAGUUUUUGGUUGAAAUAAAAAUAACCCUGGAAACGAAAAUUUCCCACGCAUUUAGCCUCCUUUUCACUGCCCAUGUUACCAACUCUCACAUUUUUAUCACAAGUCUCAUGAUUUUUGGUGUUUUUCCUUUAAGCCCCAGCUCCUGGAGUCAGGUGAUUUUAAACAAACCAAGAUUCUCAUUUAAAAAAGGGUUGGGCAGAAAAGUUUGAAAAUGUGACUUUAGUGCGACCUAGAUGCCCAGAAACCAGAAAGUAACCAAAAACCCCCAAAGUGUUGUUUUUCUAAAACUCUCAUGAUUUUUGAGGGCCUUAUGCAUGGUUUUUGAACAGCAGGGGAUGGCACCGCUGGAGCGGUGUAAAUAAAGGGGCCUUGGUGCGAAUGAGAAUCUGGCCUAUUGUAUUUCAGGCUGACAGUGUCCCUUUAGCAUGGUGACUGUGUUUUCCGUUACAGUGAGUCCUGCAACCUCUUCCAGAGAGAGCGACUCCUGGUUCUGGGACAGUAGGAGCCAGGGUUACCUGCCAAGCUGCUGUGGCGGGGUUCACAUAGAAUUGAUUUCAAGUGAGAAUGGAAAUCCUCCAGGCAGGAGCUGCAUUCACUGUUACUGAUGAUUCUGGUACCAUUAUUCUCCGAUGUAUUCAGAGUUCCUCUGGUCUGUCCUGCACACAAGAUGUGCAUCUGGGAAAUUUCAAAACAGCAUCACAGUCACUUCUAAGGUAACUAAUUAGGGAUUAAAAACCAGCUGGUGGAGGGUGUAAAAUCAUCAAGUGUCCAUCACAGCUAAACUAGGGGCAG